AUGACGACUCCUGAAGAAAGUAGUACUGUUCUACCAGACACUCCAGCUCCUGCUGUUGAGGAAAGCAAGCAGCCCUCAUCCCCUGAAGAGGGAGAAAAGAGUGUAGCAGAGCCUAAAGAGAAUAAUCAGCCAUUGCAAUCACAAGAUGACACAAUGGUGUCAAAGGAAGAGGAUAAUGAAAAGGUGGUGCCAAAAGUAGAGGACAACCAGAAGGUGGCGACUCAAGAAGUGGAUAAUCAAAAGGUGGCACCGCCAGAAGACGGCAAUGAGAUGGAGUCACAAGAAGAGAAGAACCAGGAAGUGGCAUCUCAAGAGGGCAACAAUAAGGUGGAGUCACCAAAUCAGAAUAAUGAAGUGGUAUCUCAAGAAGAAGAUACAAAUCAGAAGGCUGUAACUGAGGAAGUGAGCAACGAUCAAACAGAUGUAUCACAAGAUCAGAGUAAUGAGACAUCAGUACCAGAUGAACAGAGUAAUCAGGAGUUGCCAUCACAUGAAGAGAACACCCCGGAACCGGUUCCACACGAAGAAGAUAGCAGUCAGAGGUUAUCGCCCCAAAAAGAGCAGGAUCAGACAUUGGUAUCACCGGAAGAUAUCGAUCAGAUGGCUGUACCCCAGCACGAGAACAGUGAGAUGGUAACUGAAGAGGGGAACAGUAAGUUGGCUGUGCCCCUGCAGGAGAACAGUGAGAUGGUGGUGCCGCAGGAGGAGCUCAAUGAGACGGUUGUGACCGAGGAGGAAGACAGUGAGAUGGCAGAGCCUCCUCAGGAGAGCAGUCAGAUAGGGUUGCCCCAGGAGAAGAGUGAGAUGGUGGCGAUAGAAGAGGAGAAGAGUGAGCUGGCGGCCCCUCAGGAGGAUAUCAAUGAGAUGGGUGAACCUGAAUUAGAGAGUAGUGAAGUUUCGGUGCCCCAGGAGGAUCACAAUGAAGUUGUGGUGACUGAAGAGGAGAAGAAUGAGGUGGUAAUGCCCCAGCAAGAGAACAGUGAGAUUAUGGUGCCUGAGGAAGCGAACAUUGAAGUGGCGCCCCCCCAGGAUGACAACACUCAGUUGGUGGUGCCCCAGGAGGAGAGCACUCAGAUGCUAACACCACACGAGGACGACAACACACAGAUAGACACUCAAAUGAUAGAUGAAGACACCACUACUCAAAUGAUACCGUCUAACGAGGAUAACAAGCCUCAAAUGAUGAUUUCGCACGAGGACAACAGCAGCCAAUUGAUGAUGACAGAUGAACACCACAUGGUGGUGUCUCAUGAAGAGAACCACCACCAGAUGCUGAUGUCACAUGAAGAGAACAACAAUGAUCAGAUGGUAGACGGCAACCAUCAUCACAUGGGUGACCAGCUAAUUGUGAUGGAAGAAGAUAGCCACAACAACCAGCUGAUGAUCCAUCAUCAUGAUGAGGAAAACAACUAUCAGUUGAUGCUCCCCAAUGAUGACGACAACAGCGACCUGGUAACUCCCGACUCCCGGCCCAACAAGCGAAGGAGGAAGAAAUCCGUUGUCUGGGAACACUUCACCAUUGAGACAGUUGGGGAUGGUUGCAGAAGAGCUUGUUGCAAGCAGUGCAAGCAGAGUUUUGCAUAUAGCACGGGUUCCAAAGUCGCUGGGACCAGUCACCUCAAGCGCCACAUAGCAAAAGGCACUUGUCUAGCCUUGCUCCGAAACCACGGACAUCCUCAAAUGCUGUCGUAUAAUGAUACCCCUGGAGGUGCAACUAGCAACCCACCAAAACGCCGAUACAGAUCACCCAACUCUUCCUCUUACUUCCCCUUUGACUCUGACCGAUGCCGCCAUGAGAUUGCAAAGAUGAUCAUCAUGCACGACUACCCGCUUCACAUGGUCGAACAUGCCGGAUUCAUGACUUUCGUCUCAAACCUCCAGCCUCGAUUCGGAAUGGUGAGCUUCAACACUGUCCAGGGAGAUUGUGUUGCUACGUACCUGAGGGAGAAGCAGAACGUUAUGAAGUUUAUUGAAGGACUCCCUGGACGCGUUACCCUUACACUGGACAUGUGGACUUCUUGUGAAAGCAUAGGCUAUGUGUUCAUCACUGGGCACUUCAUUGAUAGUGAUUGGAAGCCGCAGAAGAAGAUGCUGAAUGUAGUGAUGGAGCCCUAUCCUGAUUCAGAUGCUGCCCUAAGCCAUGCAGUGGCGUGUUGCCUUUCUGAUUGGAGUUUGGAAGGUAAACUGUUCUCUGUUACCUUUAACCAUCCUGUUGGAGAUGCUGGUCUCGAAAGUCUUCUAUCUUUGUUGUGUAUCAAGAAUACGCGGAUUCUCAACGGUCAGCUGGUGCUUGGCAACUGCAUCUCACACACCUUGACCAGCAUGGCGAAAGAGUUGUUGUCAACGUGUCGAGAUCUUGUGUCGAAAAUCCGCGACAGCGUGAAGUACGUGAAGACCCUCGAAUCCCACGAGGACAAGUUUCUCGAGCUCAAACGGCAACUGCAAGUCCCAUCGGACAAAAGCCUCCAACUUGACGACCAGAGUCAGUGGAACACGACGUAUGAAAUGCUUCUAGCUGCUUCGGAAUUGAAAGAAGUAUUUUCAUGCUUGGAUACCUCUGAUCCUCACUACAAGGAAGCACCAUCAAUGUUGGAGUGGAAGCAAGUUGAAAUGAUAUGCUCAAUACUGAAACAUCUGGUCGAUGCAGCUAACCUUCUCUCAUCCUCGACCAACCCAAUUGCAAUCACUUUCUUCCAUGAAGCCUGGAGGAUUCAAGCUGAGCUCUCUAAACUUGCUGCUAUUGGUGAUCCUUUCAUCAACAAUUUCAUCAAAGAACUGCAGGACAAGAUCGAGAAAUAUAUCAAAGAUUGCAGCUUGGCUUUAGCAGUUGCAGUAGUGAUGGACCCUCGGUUUAAGAUGAAGCUGGUCGAGUUCAGCUUCUCCAAGAUAUAUGGUGACGAUGCUCCCGCAUACAUAAAGAUCGUCGACGACGGGGUCCACGAUCUGUUCAAGGAGUACGUGGCACUGCCUCUACCGCUGACACCAACAUACGAAGAAAAUGCAGACCCCAACCUAAGGAAUGAAGAGAACCAGCAGGGGGCAGUUGUGGACAACGGGCUGGCAGAUUUCGAUGUGUAUAUCAUGGAGUCCACGAGCCACCAGACGAAGUCGGAGCUGGACAUGUACUUGGACGACUCAUUGCUCCCGAGAGUGUCUGAUUUCGACGUGUUGGGAUGGUGGAGGCAGAACAAGAUGAAGUAUCCAACACUGUCGAAGAUGGCUCGUGAUAUACUGAGCAUUCCGGUGUCUACUGCAACUGCGGAGAACGUAUUUGACACUGUGCUGCCGAGAGAGGUGGAUCGGUACAGGAGCUCGUUGAGGCCCGAGACUGUCGAGGCACUCGUGUGUGCUAAAGAUUGGCUUAUUCAUGGUGCUGCUGCAGCAGCAGAAGGUGGUGCGCCGAGUGUUGGAGUGGUGAAGAUGGAGCUUUAG